AUGUGGUAUCAUAAUAAAUAUUUUGAUUUGGGUAAAGAAGACAUCGUUAAAAUAUAUGAUGUUAAUCACGGUCAACAGCUCGUCAAUUGGUACGUGUCUUCUUUUCCCGAAGAUCAUUAUCUAAGAAUGAUACUCGCACCGCAAGAUCUCAAAAUUUUAGUCACACAAUUUUGCACGCACAUGUUGGCCGCGGGUGUACUACGUCAGAUACCCGACAAAGAUGCACCCAUCGCAACUAUUUUCAGGCCUGAUCUCAUGUAUUUUUGGGCGCACACCGAAAUACCGGCAGCAUCUCCGCCAACUCCGAGACGUUUAUCAACCGGUAUGUGGUCAUCAUUUUCAUCCGGAAAUGACGUGACGACGACGACGACGACGACGCCUAGUAGACCGGGAGCACGUUACACAGAAGCUGAAUCGCCGUUCGAAAAAGAAAAUCAAAUAACGGCUUCGACAGGAAGCGUUGAUAAAGCGAUUAGAAAAAUCGAAACGGAAGAAUUUCAACAAGUCGUCAUAGGUUUGAAAAAAGAACAUAAGGAAAACAUAACGAGAUUAACAAGGGGUCAAGAGGUUAAAUUAUUUAAAAUGAGAGGAGAACAUGCACACACUUUACACGAGUAUGAGAAAAAAAUUCUAGAGUUGGAGGAAACCGUCGAAAGGUUGACGCAAGAAUUAGAAAAGCAAAAAACAUUAGCCGAUAUACAGUCGCUAACAAAUAAUACAAUUAAAGAUUUUGGUUCGCCAACAAAUGAACUCAUUUCAUCGCCGACAUUAAUUAAUGAAAAAUUAUCUAAUGUGCAAAAGAAUACGUUCCCUCGUGAUAAUGACAUUAAUUCAAAUGAUAAAAAACAAAAUAAUGAUUUCACAAAUCGACCUAGUCCGAAUAGUGCCCUUGAUAGUGCAAAGUCAAUACCUUCUAGUCAUGUAAAUGAAUGCUUUAAUAAAAAAGAAGAACUGUUAAAAAAGAAAAAAUUAAAUGGAAAUAUAAAUAACGUGGAAAACACAAAUGAUGGUGUAAUCUGCUUAGAAAGUGGUGAUGAUGAUGACACGAAAAACGGUGUUAAUAAAGAAUGCGGCGGCAAGGAAAUAAAUGGUUUUCAUAAUCAAAAACCAACUUCAAAUGGAAAGUUGGACGUUAGUCCUAAAAAGGAAGAAUAUUUGUCAUCGCAACAUUUCAUAGAUGAACAAGAAGUGGGGGUGUCGGAAAAACUCAUAUCUGCAGAUUCGAUAAUGGUGAAGUCUGAAUCAAUUGUACAAAACGCUCAAAAGUCGCCGCCGCAACUUUCUAAGACACCAUCAUCACCACCACCACCACCACCGUCUGAUAAUUUAUCAAAUGGAAAAUGUUCGUCUGAAAUGAAAAAAAUUCCAGGUUCUUUAGAAUCCUCAUCCUCACCGUCAUCCCCUAAAGAAUCAUCGAAAAUUUCAUCUACGAUAUCGACAGUAGAUACGAAGUCUUUUACAGAUGUUUCAAACUCCACGCCUAUACCUUCCCGUCAGCCUAAUUUAGAAGGACCGCCUCCUCCUCCUCCUCCUCCACUACCUGAAUUAGGAGUAUCACUACCACCACCGCCACCUCCUCCACCAUUACCUAAUUUAGGAGAAUCGCCACCUCCUCCUCCUCCGUUACCUAUUUCAGGAGCGCCACCACCACCUCCUCCUCCUCCUCCGUUACCUAUUUCAGGAGCGCCACCACCACCUCCUCCUCCUCCUUCACUAUUUAAUGCAGGAGCACCACCACCACCACCACCUCCUCCUCCUUCACUAUCAGGAGGACCACCGCCUCCGCCUCCUCUACCGUCAGGUUUUACAGAUUCUUCAAUGUCUUCAACUCCUUUAUCAAAUUCUUUAGACACGGGGUCAACAUUUGUACCGCCGCCGCCGCCACCAAUAAUGUCAUCAAGUGGACCCGCUCCACCUCCUCCUCCUCCACCCGGUGGUGGUGGUGGUGCUCCUCUUCCAUUUCCUGCUCCUCCCAUAGGUGGUUGGAACGCCCAAAGAGCAGUAUUGAGAAAAAAACCUGUAAAUCCUGCCGUUCCCAUGAAACCGUUAUACUGGUCCAGAAUAGUAGUGCCUGUUCACAGACAAGUCAAAGAAUUACAUUCUCCCGAGGGCACGCCUCUCGAACCUUUAUGGGAAAAAUUAGAAGAAGCCAAAAUCGAAGAUUAUUCGGAAUUCAACGAAUUGUUUUCGAGGCAAGUCGUCACGAAGAAGCCGACGAAGAAAAAAACUCAGGAUAAUUCGAAACAGGAACCGGCUAAAAUUCUCGAUAGUAAAAGAUCUCAAAACGUCGGCAUUUUAUCAUCGAGCCUUCACAUUGAUUUUUCCGAAAUAGAAAAUGCCAUUUAUCAUUUCGACACGUCCGUUGUUAGUUUGGAAGCGUUGCAACACAUAUACGAAGUGAGAGCAACGGAAGAAGAAUUGUCAAAAAUAAAAGAACACGUUCGAUUAAAUCCGGAAAUCCCGCUCGACAAACCCGAACAUUUCCUACUGGAAUUAUCGGAAAUUCCAAAUUUUGCCGAACGAAUCGCAUGUUUCAUGUUUCAAUCCGAAUACGAGGACAACAUAAAUGCACUCGACAGCAAAUUGAACAAUUUAAAAUCAACGUGUCAAAUGCUGUUGAGUUCGGAAAGCGUCAAAUCCGUCAUGUCCAUAAUACUUGCGUUGGGAAAUUACAUGAACGGUGGAAAUUUAACGAGGGGUCAAGCCGACGGUUUCGGCAUCGAAAUAUUACCCAAGUUAAAAGACGUCAGGAGCAAAGACAGUUCGUUCACCCUGUUACAUUUCAUCGUGAGAACUUACAUGAAAAAAUUAGAUGAUCCUUUGAAUUUGGAUUUGGCUCUUCCCGUUCCCGAACCCGGCGACAUCAAUCGAGCGUCCGUUGUUAAUUUUGACGAAAUCAAAACUGAUUUGCAGAAACUGGAAAAAGAAUUAAAAGUUUGUCAAAAUAAAACGGAAAAAGUCAUAAACGCAUCCACGGAUGACAACCUUCAACCCUUUAAAAAUAAAAUGGAAACUUUUUUAUCCGGAGCACAAAAACAAAUAUCGGGAGAAUUUGAAAAUUUAGAAGAAUGUAAAAUCAAAUUUAAAGCGACAAUGAAUUUUUACCAAUUUAAGUCGAAGACUGAUGAUGAAGUCAAAGAAUUUUUUUCAAUAUGGGCGCCAUUUUCAAAUGAUUUUAAAGAUAUUUGGAAAAAAGAACAACAGAGACUCAUCAAAGAAAAAAUGAAAGAAUUUAAAAAGAAACAAGAUGUUCGAAAACAAGAAAUCAAACCCGUUAAAGCAGGAGGAUUAAAAGAUAAAAUGAAACAAAGAUUAUCCCAGGGGAAACACAGUUAA